AUAUUAUCUGUAUAAUAGUUCUGUAACAAAUGCGGAGAAAUGGCCAUGGAGGACAGAGCCUUCUAGACAGCCUUAAAUGAAUGUACCGUACUGGGUCAUGGAGAACAGAGUCUUCAAGCCUUUUCUUUCCACACCUCAUAAAUGGAGGCAGUUGAGAGUUAAAAGACAACACUCCUUAUUUACUUCUUAUGAAUCUUGUUUGUGCUCAUUCACAUUCUGAUCCACACCAGCUUUUCUCUCUUUUAGUGUUCUACUUUCUUGCUUGGCUUUCCCACUGCUCCCAGGCCUCUCAUGGAUUUGCCCCUCAACCUCCUAUUCACAGCUUUUCUCAUUCUUGCUGCAGCCAUUGAUGGGGCUCAUGCAGAUGCCAUGGUCACGGGCACCGUCUUCUGCGACCAAUGCAAGGAUGGACAGAGAUCCCUCUUCGAUUAUCCCCUCUAUGGAAUAAAGGUUACCAUGGCAUGUGCCAACAGUAAUGGACAAAUCACAAUGUGGAGGGAAGAGACUACAAAUUGGUUUGGAACCUAUGCAAUGAGGUUUGAUGGUGCCCCAGAUUUGACCGGUUGUUAUGCACAAAUUUCAGGCAGUGGACAGGGGUCAACAGGUUGUAGAGCAGCUGCUGGUCCUGCCCAGUCUGUUAGACUUAUGUUCAGGAUGUUUGAUAUGGAGAUGUAUGCAGUGGAUUCCUUGCUUUCUCAGCCUGCUCAGCCCAUGUCCUUUUGCUCAAGAUCCUCUACCCCAGUUCCUACUCCAGGAACUCCAUCUAGGCCUCCAUCAUUUCAGCUUCCGCCAGUUCCACGAAUGCCACCAAUGCCUCCAUUGCCUCCAUUGCCUCCAGCACCACCAGUGCCCUUCCUGGAAGCCUCAGCCUGUUCACACGAGAAAUGGACAGCUCCAGAGUACAAAUGCUACUGGAAGGUGGUGAACCCAGAUAUGAAAGUAGCAUCUGUGUUUGGACUGCUAGCAGCACAGAAGUAUGGGACAGACAUGACCCUGCGGGAAGGCCUGCAAGGGAGAGGAGACCCUUACAGGACCCUCCUCAGAGAGGCCAUAACUUCACUGCUCAACUCCUACAAUAGUCUUCUCUUCCCAUACCAUACCCUUGGUGUCAUCCAGCAUAUGAGUUUGGCCUUGAUGGGGUCCCAACAGAAUGUCCUCCUCACAGCUCUACGCUUCAAGAGGGCAAAUUCUGGCUCCGGCAACCUCACCUGCAAGUUCACUGCCUGCAAGUGAUUCAUCCAUUGCUAGACCUAUUUCAAUCCUCUCUCUAUAUUAUAUAUAUAUGUAUGCUAUUUCCUUAUUUCUACUUCUUGGGUAUACUAGUAUUUGUAUUGAAUUGACUGAUGUCUCCAUAUUACUAUCUAUAAUUAUAGUAUUUGUAGGA